GUUUGUUUUAGGUCCUUUAGAACUUGGAAAUUCUCUUUUUCAAAUUUUUAUUAAUACUGAUAAAGUUUGUUAUUAUUUAUUUUCCGAGUACCCGAACCGAAAUAAUUGCAAAAAAAAGUAAACAUCAUGAAGCACGCUGCCGCUGCAACCAUAGACAAACUCGGGGAGGAAGUUUGUGAAUGAUCGAUUUUACACCGGCCUCUACAAAACUUAUCAACGGCAUUUCUCUUUGUUUGCCGUACGCGUGCCUAAUAUCAAAAACAAAAGUAUCGAGGUCGGAAUCGGCAGAUUUGUGAAAAUGGCGAACACGUUUCGCGCGGUGACCGUGUCUGCCGUCAACAAUGACGGUGCUCUAACACCGCGCUUCAACUUCCCAACCAACGUAAACGUGGAUUACGAUCCCCAAGGUCUCAGUGUUAAAGUGAUACGUGCCGACCCAGUGCUCGCUCAAGAGGUGCUAGAGUUUCCCGUCCACAGCCAGAGCGAGUGUUCACAAGUGGCUGGACAGUCUUACAUUUUUACUAUAGAUAACGAGACAUUGUUUUUUAAGUUCGCCUCCGAUGUCGAUUGUCAGAAGUUCCACCUGCUGGUCAGCAAGAUCAAAGCGGGUCAGUCCUCGUCAGUGUUCACGGUGCGCACGGAAGAUUCAUCAGCGAUGCAAUAUUUCCAGUUCUAUGGAUACCUGAGCCAGCAACAGAACAUGAUGCAGGACUACGUGAGGACGAGCACGUACCAGCGAGCGAUACUGUCUAACAUUAAUGAUUUCAAAAACAAGGUAAUCUUGGACGUGGGCGCGGGGUCCGGCAUCUUGUCGUUCUUCGCGGCGCAGGCCGGGGCGCGGAAGGUGUACGCGGUGGAAGCGAGCAAUAUGGCGCACCACGCACAAGCGCUGGUCCGCGCGAAUGGCCUGCACGACCGCAUCACUGUUGUGGCUGGCAAGAUAGAGGAGAUAGAGCUGCCAGAGAGUGUAGAUGUGAUCAUAUCAGAGCCUAUGGGAUAUAUGCUGUACAACGAACGCAUGUUAGAGACUUACCUGCACGCCAAAAAGUGGCUCAAACCCAGCGGUAACAUGUACCCUACUAGAGGAGACUUACAUAUAGCUCCAUUUACAGAUGAUGCACUUUUCAUGGAACAGUAUAACAAAGCUAAUUUCUGGUACCAGGCGUGCUUCCACGGUGUAGAUCUAAGUGCACUACGUACUGCUGCCAUGAAGGAGUACUUUAGACAACCUAUUGUGGACACUUUUGAUGUGCGUAUCUGUAUGUCGAGAUCGGUAAAACACGUGGUUGACUUUUUGGAAGCCAACGAAACGGACUUGCAUCGCAUUGAAGUGCCAUUCAGAUUUGAGUUAACACAAUCCGGUACUUGCCAUGGCCUCGCCUUCUGGUUUGAUGUUGUAUUUGCUGGCAGCACACAGCACAUAUGGCUGUCAACAGCUCCUACUGAGCCACUUACACAUUGGUACCAAGUCAGGUGUCUUCUAGAAACUCCAAUUUUCGCCAAGCAAGGUCAAGCUCUGACAGGUCGAGUGCUGUUAUUAGCAAACAAGCGUCAGAGCUAUGACGUCACUAUGGAUGUCACUUUGGAAGGAACUAACAUUUCUUCUUCUAACACGUUAGAUUUGAAAAACCCCUACUUUAGAUACACAGGGGCUCCUGCUGCACCUCCACCUGGAGUGAACACCACAUCACCGAGUGAAUCGUACUGGAAUUCGGCAGAAUCAGCCACAUUGAGCAAUGGCCAAGGUGUUAUUCUCACAGAUGGCUCUCAACAGUACUGCCCUACCCCAGACCAGACCAUAGCCUACGGCGCUCACACCAACAUGAUCAAAACAGUCAUGCUCCAAGAGGAGUUCAUCAAGAGGAUUGGAAUCAGUCAAAACGGCGACAUUUAAUCCGCGAAGUUGCGCCGAGCGCGCCUUAGGGCUAUAAGAAACCGUCGCAACCGGUUGUGAACAAUCUUCCGUUCAAACUCUAUAGUGUGUAAGCGGACUUAUUUAUUAAUGAAACAUCACAGUGGACUGUAAAUUGUGUAAUUGAUAAAGUAGCCGAGGCAAUUUGCCUCAAUCAGUUAGUGCAUAAUAAGUAAUGAACAACAGUAAACAGUUGAAUCGUUAGAUUCUGUAUUGCAGGCCUCUUAUUUGACUAUAACACUGCUACUGCUAACUGAUAUUUUGUGACGUCAAAUAUAACAGGUCUUUGUCAAAGUUUCAGUAGUGUAUAUGUAAUUAAUAUCCAGUGAACUCAUUUGUUAGGGUUACGUAUGUAUUUUGUCAAUACAUGUAUGUGUAUGGUUAGAAUUUGAUGUCAUAAAAUUAACUUGUGCAUAUAAUUUUGACAUCAAACAAAUUCAUGGCUCUUUAUAUUUGAUCUAUCAAUAGUUGAUGUCAAAUAUGUGUAUUAUUUCAGUUAUAAUCUAUAUUUGAAUUAAAGACCACAACAACCUUUGAACUGCCUGAAAGGUUGAGGGUAGUGGAUAUACAGUCAAAACCGAAACCAUUGUUAUAAGCAUUUGUAUUAACUAAUCUGUCAGCUCUGACUAUAAGAUCCUAAAAUCCCUUGUCUUACUGAUUAUUUAAAAAUGUACAGUUCAAAUGCAAGCUAUUUCUGUAGCUUACUAAGUAAAGUGUUGUUGCAAAUAAUGGCCCGGUUUAGAGUUUUGUAUUAACAAAUCAUGACAGUUUUGUUCACGGUUUCUAUGACGCUUGUUAGUGUAAUUUGGACAGCUCUAAAUAAUUAAGUUUUUCUUUAAUUGUAAAUAUGAUACUUACCCCCCCAUUUGCCAAACGGCAAAGGUCAAACUUUAUUGCAGUAUCCCUGGCACUAAACUGUAACAGAAAAAGAUGUAUAAUAGUGGAUUAAUUGCCACAUAAUAUUAUAGAAUUGCAAUAGACUUUAGAUUAAUUAAAUCAUUAAAAACACUAUGAUGUAUGGAACUGUAGUCUACAGUUUGGCCUAUUGAAAAUUUCAGUCAUGAAACAUUUUGUUUUUUUAUUUCAUUUUAUUUUAGAUGACUUUAAACUGGCACAUUAACUUGACAUGCCAAUUUGAAUAAAUCUAGAUAUUGUGGAGAAGUAUAGCGCCAGGGCUACUGUUUGCUAAGGUAGUUUCUGUGGUUAGUUUAAGGAAUUUAGUGGUUCAAGUACAUUUAGAUUAAGCAAAUGAAUGCUAAUAAUGAUAAUAACAAUACUCAUUUAUCAUUAUUACAUAAUUAUUGUGCUGUAAUAAAUAAAGCAAAUCAAUUUCAUGAAAGUAAUUUUUUUUUGUAAUGUCUACAGAAUUGUUUAUUUUUUUAUUAUGAUGGAUUAAUUCUGUCUGCCAAUUAAGGGAUUGUGAUUUACUGGAAAUACUGUGAAAUUAAGGUUCUGGACUGCAUUCUCUGAAGCUGAAUUCAUAUUAUAAUACUGAAUUAUUAUAAUAAUAAUUUAACAUUGACAUAACCUAUAGUUAUAUUAUAAACUUACAUAAUAAGGCAUAAAUAAGUAACUAUAAAGUGCACUAAGCUGUGUACUAAUGUAUAAGCCAAUUAUUAAAGUAGAGUUAUUUUGAUCAGAUUGCCAUGAAUUAUCUAGUAUCUUUUAGAAACAAGCAAUGUGACUGAUCUGAUUCCGGCAAUUUAUUUCCAAACCUAGAUAUUUGAUGUUUUGAGGAUACAUGGUUAUUAAUACUUAAUACAGUAAAAUGAACUUAAUGUACCUCAUUAUAAGGUUGUUAAUUUUGUGCUAUUAUUUUCCAAUCUCCAGAUCAAUUUGAUCUUUAAAUUAUGGAAUCUUAAAGUUCAUUUUUCGCUGCAAUGCCUCUAGAAUUUUGGUUAUAAAGAAUGCAAGCUAGAACAUUAUUUGGAAUGUAUCUUUAGAUAUGUGAUUUAUACAGUUUUGCGUUAAUGUAAAUAUUAAGAAUAGUAAAUAAUAGACGUGCUAAAUGUUACACAGACUGAAAUAAAACCACUUUUCUUCAUUCAAUAACAAUCAGUAUUGGUUUUGUGUUCCGUAGAUACAAUAUACGCCACGAGAGAAAGAAAUGGCGUGGUUUGCUCGCUUGUUCGUUGGACACUAAAGAGCAGGGUUUGCCAACCUUUUUUGUGAAAUUAAAAUAAUAUUCUCAAGCAAAUCUUUUAUUUACAUUAUUUCGUGACAAAAUAUGCUUAUUUUUUUACUUUAACUUUAAGCGAUUGGCGUUACAUACGAGUAGGUAUAUGUAAUGCGAUGUCAAUAAUAAUAAUCAAAAAUUAUUAACUCAUGACAAAAUAUCAGUAUAGACUGUAGUUUACUAUUAGGCAAACACACGAGCAGAUAGUGAGUGUUGGCAUGUCCUAAAGGAGCUCCUUAAUAUUACACAUUACCCAGUAAACGCAGAUUACGAGUACCAGGAUCUGCUCGAACUUAAUCUCUUACCAUGAUGGACCCAGAUCCAUCUGUAUUUCAGAAAGGACAUAAUUUAAUCAAAGUUUCGAAUCAUUCGGCUUAGUAGUACGCAGACUGCAAAAGAUUUAAUACAUCGUGAGUUAAAAUUACAUGCUGAAACCGGCUGCAUACCGACCAUUAUUUCAUGACCAUCAUUCAGCAUUAUACUCCAUUAGGUUGGGAAAUCCUGUUAUAAAGUUUCUUAGAAGGGAAUCAGUCUAGCCAUGUUUAAUUCGAAUUCGUAUAUGAUCUACAUCUUUACAAAGGUACAUUUUUUUUUUGCGCGUGAACAGCUUGCUCUCGCUCAUCAGUAAAAAGCAAUAUAAAAUAUUUUGAGUAUUUUUUUGUUCAACUAACGAGAAGCACGUAUUAUAAUCUAUACUAAUAUUAUAAAGAGGUAAAGUUUGUAAGUUUGUCACAUUUUUUAAAUGGGGUAAUCUUCGGAACUACUGGUCCGAUUUUAAAAAUUCUUUCACCAGUAGAAUGCUACAUUAUCGGGGAGUGCUAUAGGCUAUAUUUUAUAUUGGUAUCAUAUAUAUUAGCCGAGUUAUCACAGUUUUUGUCAUGCAGGUCGAACUGAAAAUCCUCUUAAACAGACUUAUUCGCAUGCGCUGCCUUAACUAUUGUGUAAAAUUAAAAGUAAUGUAUGGAGACUUUAUGUAUCUUUAAAAGUUCUACAAAAAAGUCCGCGAUACCAUAUAUCUAUCUUCUAUAGAUUAGCAGAUAUAGUACCUUUUGUGUUUUAAAAAUUAUUAAUUUUAUAUACUUAGGUUUACGUCAUUAUUUAUACAACUAAACUUUAAUCCUUAUUAAAAUAAAUUAUUUAAUAAUCACAAGGAUAUUAUGGAGAUAAGAUUUGCCCUUUACAGUAUGUUAAUUACUUAAAUAGUUUCGGAGAUAAUACAUAAUUUCUAAAAGACGCAGAAAUUCCGCUAUAUGACGCCCGGCGCUUUAAUUUACGUAGUUCCCGUUCCCGUAUGAAUAUGGGAAUCAAACAUAGCCUAUGACACUCGCAAAUAACGUAGCUUUCUAUUGGUAAAACAAUUUUCUAAAUCGGUCCAGUAAAUCCAGAGAUUACCUCCUACAACCACACGAACUUUAUAUUAUUAGCAUAGAAGUCUCUAUUUCUCUUGGUCAUACCACCACUCUCGAAGUACUGGAUCGAUUUUGCUAAGGGUAGGAGUUAGUUACAGGGUAGGGUAGGGUACGGGUAGGGAAGCGUAGGGGUAGUGUAGGGGUAGGGUAGGUUUAGGGUAGUGGUAGGGUAGGGGUACAGGUAGGGUAGUGGUAGGGUAGAGGUACGGGUAGGAUAGGGAAGUGGUAGGGUGGGGUAGGAUGGGGGUAGGGGUAGGGGUAGAAUGAGGGUAGGGGUAGGAUGGGGGUAGGGAAGGUAGGGGUAGGGUAGGGGUAGGUUUGGGGUGGGGUAGGGGUAGAGUGGGGGUAGAGGUAGGGUAGGGUAGGGGUAGGGUAGAUGUAGGGGUUGGGUAGGGUAGGGUUGGGGUAGUGGUAGGGUAGGGAUAGGGUAGGGUAGGGGUAGUAGUAAAGUUGAUAUCGAAAUUUACGCGGACGAAGUCGCGGGCGUCCGCUAGUUUUGUAUAAAUAAAUAUCAAAAAAUUAGUCCUUUUCAUAUUAAGUGAAAGUUGAUAUUAUACACUUACUCUUUAUUUAUAUUUGCUACAACAAUUUUGUUUUUGUACAAUUAUUUAAAAGGUUUAUUUUUUAUUUACCAUACAAAAGAUUCACUUUGUAUCCCAAGUUUAAUUACCUAAAUAUUAAAAAAAAACAUACCUUGUUAGUUUAUCUACGCAUCUAAAGCAUGCCCUGCGAUUGCAUAUAUGACGCUAAUAAACUUUUUGAAGACCUUUUUGAAAAUGAAGAUCAACAGUUUAUGUUUUCCACAGUACAGUGAUUGUGUAUUAUUUAAGAAAAUCAGUGCUCAUUUUCAUAUGAUAGUUUUUUCUCUUGUCAUAUUAAUUUUAGUAGAUCUACAUUUAUUGGUAUCAUACCAACAAAAUGACUAUUUGAUUACAUUAUAGGUAAUUUAAAUCGUUCGUAAUAUGUGAUUUUUUUUUCACAAAAUUGUAAAGGUUUGCACCCACUGUAUAAAAUUAUGCAUUAGGGAAUAGGAAAUUAAAUUAAUUAACCAUCAAAAUCAUGUCCAUAAAUCGAGAACAUGGUUUUUAAAAAUAGAUAAGGUUGCGUAUUUUGAGUUACAGUGCGUUUCAUGUAGGAUGGUGCGGGUGACAGUUUGUUUCACCCUUGAAAUAAUCGUACGUAUUAUGAACGUCAUACAGGCGACUGUCACCGUACCCAUGCUAUCUGAAAAACACUAAUAUGAAUUUGCAGCUUUCUAAAUUUAUUAUGUUUACUUACUCUGAUUGUAAUUAAAUUGAUUAGUCAUAUUGAAUGGAAUUGAAUUUAGUUGAGAAUUGAAUUGUUUGUAGACUUUUUCUUUUCACUUGCCGUGUCGUGAGAUUAUAAGUUCAAUAUUUUUAAAUAGGUUUUUGUAAUAGGUAAUAUAAUUUGUAUUUUUAUAAUUUAGGUAACUACCCUUCACUUGAAAGAAUAGUAAAACCAAGUCGAAAACUUUGCUUUUAAAUGUCAGUAGAUAGGGUAGUGGCACCAAAAGAUGAACAAUUAAGUGUUUUAUGCAACUGCCUGUGAAUCAGACAUUUUAAGAUAAUAGUAAUUGUUGUGUCUGUUUUGUGAUAGCACAUCUAUAUAUAUAAAAGAAAGUCGUGUUAGUUACUCCACUUAUAACUCAAGAACGGCUGAACCGAAUUAGCUAAAAAUUGGCAGGGAGGUAGUUUAGAGCCAUGAAAAGGACAUAGGAUACUUUUUUUUGUAGGGGUAGUUGAAAGAUUACAUCGAGUUUCACGCGGACGAAGUCGCGGGCGUCCGCUAGUAUAUAUAUAAAACUAAAAACAACUUGAAUCCGUCAUUAAUUUUUGGUAGUAAUUGACAAACUUCCUUAAAUUGGAGGGCACUUUCCUUAAGUAGAUUUUCAUACAAAAGUACUUUUGAGGUUCACACCCAAAUUAGUAACGAACGCUAGCGACAAGCGUAAAAAAAAUUGCACACAUGAGGGUAGCGAGAUAUAUUUUAUAUUUAGAAUUCGCGUGCUGAUGUUCCAUCUAUUAGGGUCUGUUCAUAUUUUGGUGCCACUACCCUACAUAGACCUUAGAUAGAUAGGAAUCUUUUGGCUCGAUAAGUCUAUUGAUAACGCGCGUACUGUAAUAGAUAAUUCAUAUUCGGAUUUUCGUAAAUUUCGUGGCAUCUUGUAUCAAUCACACCCUGUAUCAAUGUAAAGUGGAUGAGACGUAUGUACCUAUAGUUUAUAAAUUACCUCACAUAUUGGCAGACGGAUUGGUUAUUGUCGAUCAUGUAUUACAAUGAAACAAAAGAACACUUAACAGAACAAAGAACAAGCGUGUAAACUUCGCCUCUGAUAUGAUACUAAACGAUAGUAGAAACGAGUCUAUUCUGGCGAGUUCGUUGAUGACACUCCCAUGAUAUGCGGGCGACGUGGGGAAAAACUGCGCGGGUGUGAAAUCGUACGUGCGGGGAAGUGAGGCGCAUCAGUCGUGGGUUUUUCAUUCAUCGCUACACGUCCCCCUCCCCGCGCGUAACAUCGGGAGUGUUACGAACGAAGUUCCAAGCUAUAUUCGUUCCUAUUAUCGUUUUUAAUAUAUCGAAAACAAUCAUAUGUAACAUACACAAUCUACGGAUAGUUCCUCUUUUUUUAAAGACACAUGAUGUCAUUAAAAUAUGCGAUAGUUUCGUGUCCUGUAGAACAUAUAGUUUCUCUAAUUAUUCUUUAAAACAAAUACAUUAGUAACAACAAAUUUAAUACAUAACAUCGGAACAUUUUAGGACAAAAUUUAAAUCCUGUUUUGUCAGUUUUGUUACAUAGAAGUUUAUUUUUCUAAAUGUAUUUUAAAACCUAUUUUGUAUCACUCAUACUCAUAGGAUCUCCAAAAAUUUUUAUAAUACGUCAUGUAAAAUUAAUCGUCGUCAUGGUAGAUUAAAAAAGAGGAGAAACCAAAUUAUACGUCAAUAUUAAUAUUAAUUAUAAACGAGAAGUUCCAUGCUUAUUCAUUGUUCUGAGGAAUUUUUAGAUUGUGACAAUGUAGGAACGCUGACCUACAAGCCAUGGUUUCUCUAUGGCACUUAGAAAUGAAUUGCUUAAAAAAUAUUUCGAGAUUAAUUCGGAUAAGCAAUGUUUGAAUUUAAUGAAUAAACAAAUUUUGUCACAA